UCAGAGGUUUGGAGAGACUUGAGUUACCAUGUCUGGUCGCGGCAAGGGCGGGAAGGGCCUGGGCAAAGGGGGCGCCAAGCGCCACCGCAAAGUGCUGCGCGACAACAUCCAGGGCAUCACCAAGCCCGCCAUCCGGCGGCUGGCCCGGCGCGGCGGCGUCAAGCGCAUCUCCGGCCUCAUCUACGAGGAGACCCGCGGGGUGCUCAAGGUGUUCCUGGAGAACGUGAUCCGCGACGCCGUCACCUACACUGAGCACGCUAAGCGCAAGACGGUCACGGCCAUGGACGUGGUCUACGCGCUCAAGCGCCAGGGCCGCACCCUCUACGGCUUCGGGGGCUGAGCGUUUUUGUUUCCGCUUCGGAACUUUUCGUAUCUCACCCAAAGGCCCUUUUCAGGGCCACCCAUCUAGUCGCCAGAAAGAGUUGUUCAUUUCUUGGUAUAUAAUUAUUUGUAAUUCUUUUGCUAUUUCUAGGUUCUAGCUACUGUGCGUCUGCGUUCGGUUCUCUGAGAAACAAGUGAAGUUAGGCAGUUUGUACUAACAGGUGGAGUGGGUACGUUUGUUUCCCUGUCAAGAAUUCUUUUGUAGAGCUGUUUUGACUUUGAAUCCAGAGAGACUUUUCCAAAUGCAACAGUCUAGUGUCUGUUGGCUCGUAAUGGCGAAUAAUCAUGAUCUUCUAACAAUGCUGUGUAGUUUUCAGGUAACAAGUGAUAGUAUUGCCUGCUUGCCACACAUCCUGCGGGUUCGGGGCUGGUCUUUCAAACUUAUUUCUUCAAAUCCCACCUGUAUGGAUCAGGAAAAAAUGCAAGUUUUUUAAGUUGGUUGCUCAUUCUGUUAACUUAGUGUCAGACUGUCCGCUUUGCCAAUGUGUAUGUGUUCACAAUGGUUUUAUAUUUUAAAGAAUCUGAGAAUCAUUUCACCGUAAGCUGGUCAUUUUCCAAUAAAAUUUGUUCACUGGAACAUAAAGGGAUAGCGAGUUAGAUGGGUCUCUAGCCUUAGGCAACAUGUCCUGGCUUUUCUGGCAACAGAGGUAAGAAUGUAGCCAAAAUCUCUUGGAAGUCAGCAGAAGUCACUCUCAGGUCUGGGCUUUAAAACCUUCCCUCUUUCCACCCAAUAAAAAGGUAAUGUUUGACCUAGCAGAGGCAUCAGGUCCUAAGGGACAGCAGAGCGAUGACUUGAAGGACAGUUGUCCCCUCAGAGCUGGAUUAAUCACAUUGCAUCUGUCCCGUGUGACAUGAAUAACUGUCUUUAGGCUAAUUUAUUGUCGAACCUCUGUUAAAGCAACUUAAUUUUACAAACCAAAUACGGCUUUGUUUUCUUAAAUUAGGUAGCAGUGUGGACAGUCGCUUUAUUGAUCUGAAACUGCUUUUAAGGAAAGAUGAUUCCAAAUGGGCGUCUUUCCUUAGUGUAUGUUCUACUGUGUUCCAUUCUGGACAGAACACAAAAGUAGGAGCUCAUUACAUGUUAGAAACAAAUGCACGGACCGUCCAAACGUCCUAGGCAGUUGUAAUCCGGAUGUUUCAAAGUACUGGCUUCUUUUGGUAGAGUUGAUCUUAACAAUAAGUGUAUCACAAACUCCUUUGAGAAUGUGUUAGAAAAUAUUCCUGUGGAUAUAGACAUUUCAUGAGGCUGUGUUCCCAUGUUUCCUCUGUUUCAUGUUUCUUCUGAGGCUCAUUCCAGGAACUCCCAGGGCUCCGUGGACUCGUGUCAGUAACUUGGAGUCUAGGACUUCAGGGUCUGAGAUCAAGACAUCCAAAAUGUAAGAGAGGAAAGGAGACAUAUUACAUAAAGAACAAAUUGAACAAGAAUAAUUUGUCACUCUUUAUUCACUGUGGACAGUAGACCUAUAUAUUCUUGAGAAGUUAGAUGAGGUCUUAACAGUUUGUGAGUAAGAAUGCAAGAUAAAUAGCCCAAUUUGAAAACUUCUGAUUCUCAGAGGCCUGAAUGACCAAACUGACUCAAUCUCAGAUGAUUUGGGAGUGAAUAAAAACAAUAAGGAGUUUAUUUUCAGCCCGAUUCAGAGAGUAGUCCAUGAAUUUUUCUUAAGGCCUAUCGACCCUGUAUCUCAUCAUCAGUCUCGGUAAAUACACUGUCAACUUCUAGGUAUGUAGUAGUCUAUAUCAUUGAGCAAAUCAUAGAUUAAGUUUACAAGUUCCCAAUAUCCCCUCAGAGAUAAAACAAAACAAAACAAAACAAAAAACAAACUGGAAACAUUAUACAGAACGAUGCUUAGUCUUUGGGUUUGUGUCGUCUUUGGUCAUGUCACUUAACCUCUCUGUGUUUCUGUUUCCCCAUUUGUAAAAUGAGGAUAACAGUAAUAUCUACCUUAUGGGUUUGGGGUGAAUAAAAUCAAAUAUUUGGUACUAAGCUUUUUGCCUAGUACAUGGCACAUGGUAAAUAAAGCCUUUAUGUUUUCUCUUUCAUUA